AAUUAUUUUUCAUUGAAAACUUGCGCAAUUUACCACCAUAAUUAACUCAGUCAACGUUUUAUUGUUACGGUGGCUUAAGUAAUCGUCGAGUACAAAUAGAUUGACAGAUAGAAAGCAACACUUAGUUUAGUUAUUGUUUCGCAUUGAGAAUCAUUAGUCAAUAGUUUAUAAAUCAUUUAAACAUAAUGGAAGAAAAAAUCUCGCAGAACGGCACCGAUGAUGCUCAAGAUAAAAAAUCGAAAAAGGUGGCCAAACACGAUGGUGGUGUGGCCGAUUUGGAACGCGUUACAGAUUAUGCCGAAGAAAAGGAACUCUCUUCCGCAGAUAUAUCAAAUGCAAUAAAUAUUUUCGGUGAUAAACGAAAUAAAGAGGCUGCCGAAAAAUUGGCCAAAGAACAAGAAUUACAGAAAAUUCACGUGAAAAAAGAAGACAUUGAAGUGAUUGUAAACGAACUGCUCAUCUCACGUCAACAAGCCGAAAAAGUACUGCGAGAGCACAGAGGAGAUGUGGUCAAUGCACUUAUCGCGCUAACUAAUUAAAAUCCAUUUUGUAAUUUACAUUCUGAUUGUCUACCUAUAUCGAAUAAAACACAACACAAUUUAGACUAAAUCAAUAAAAAUAAA